GGAACAUUGUCGCCACUCUCGGGCGAUCAGUUUGGGCCGAGAUCGCGACGCGUUCGCUUCGAUUUCCUCUACCGGAGCACGGUGCAUUUGCAAUCUCCGCGAUUGCCAAACAAUACAAUAGCAAAACAAAGUUGUACUCCAAUCCAAAAAAGCCAACGAAAAAUCUGAGAAAAAUAACGCGCAGCAAAUUCAACUAUUUUUAGCGGAUUACCAGCCAUGUGAAGUGUAAUGAAAUGUGUACAGCAGCCAAAAACUAACAACCUGUCACACUGGCUGGCAAAAAGCGUUAACAAUAAAUAAGCGAAACAAUACCAACAGCACGGCCAGUUCAACUGUAUAACAAUGAGGAGAGAAGGCACCUCGAGGAAUUGCUAGUCGGGUCCAUUAGCAGUCAAUCAGCCGCAGAGAAGAGCCAGCAAAAGAUACAGAUACAGCCGGUGCAAAAGAUACAGGAUGCACGAGAGACAAGUGAAGAAGUUGAAGGGCAGCCAUUAUGUGGCCACGCACGGUCGCCUCACUCCGGACCCGCCCUACGUCCACUCGAACCGGGGCUACUCCACGGACGGCGAUGAGACCCACUCCCACCGGGCACCCUCGGAGCGCACCUACUCGGAGUACACGCUGACCCACGAGCGCAUCUCGCCGCAGUACAAUGGGUCGCGCAAGAAGCGCUCCUCCUCCGCCUCGAAUGGCCACCACCACAACCAGCACCUGCAGAGCAGCUACAGCCACAGUCAGAUGGGCCUCUCCAGUUCGCCGGACAACGGAGGACCACGCUCCCUCAGCGGACCGCCGCCCACGCGACAGCCACCGCGUGCUCCGUCCGCCCUGAGCUACGACCAGGCUGGGGACGCGGGCAGCGACAUCUAUGUGACCAGUGCCGCCUACAAGGCGCCCUCCGAGAUCAGUCGCUACAGCCAGCGCCCAGUGUCCCGAGGAGCUCCACGGAGUGUUUACUCGGUGGCCAGUACGGCCAAAACCGGACGCAGUGCCCGCUCGACGACCCGGAGAGGCGCCAAGGUGGAGACGAUGUCCGCACCGAAUCCAUUUUGUCCGAAUGUCAAGGGCGUGUGCUGCCUGAUGCUGUUGCUGAAUUUGGGCCUGAUCCUGGUGACGCUGGGAUUCGUGAUUGUGGUGCAGUUCUAUGAGCCACUGUACGUGUGGAUACUGGGCAUCGUGUUCCUGGUCUUUGGCUUCCUCACGCUGAUCGGCUGCAUGAUCUACUGCGUGUAUGUGUUCCGGGAUGCGAAGACGCCGUCGCAGGUGCGAAACGAGGAUCUCUACUGGACGCGGCAUUGGCAAAAGAAUAUCGGGUAUACGCCGCAGGAGAUCAACUACAAGGCGGAUAAAUAUGAUGCCUACUCGGAUCGCUAUUCGGUCAGCAAGCUGAGUGGAAAAUAUUCGGAUCGCGAGAGCCAGCGAUACUGAUACUGAUUGUUAUGCACAUGCGGUUUGAUAAUAGGGGAUCCUUCCAGCCGGCGAAGAAAUAUCAAUAGCAACAUAUAAACCACUUAUAUCUUAACUAAUUGUAAGACUAUCUACUAGUUCUAAACGGUUAUUAACAAGGCCCCUCAACGUACCUGCUGCAAGUUGCUUGCUGGUUUGUAUGUUUUAAGUGAGAAACUGAAGGGAGACGAGAGGAUACAACAGAGUAUUGUAAUCUGCCAUAAUCAACAAGAGAGUUUUAUGCUAAAAUUGUAACUGCAAUUGUAACACAUGAGAAAUAAACAAGCAAAUAAUACUUACUAGAGAA